AUGCAGAUGCAAGGUGCUCUUCUAUUGACGGCACUCGCUGCAGUUGCUGCCCAGGCCAACAGCAGCGACCCACUAGUUGUCUCCACCAAUGUUGGCACGUUCCGAGGCUUCAACACCACUGCAAGCGUUCGUACUUGGCUCGGUAUCCGUUUCGGUGCACCUGCCAACGGUACUCUUCGUUUCAGGCCGCCUCGACGAGCCCAGGCGAUCCCCAAGGGAACCGUCUUUAAUGCGACCAAGUACAGUCCCUCGUGUCCUGAGCUCGGUGGUCAAAAUGGCUCAGACUUGGGUGGUCCUAGGCGAGAGUAUGGCGAGGACUGUCUGUCACUCAACAUCUGGGCACCUUCUGUCGACCGACUCAACACUUCUUCCAGCGGCGCCAAUGUCCUUGUUUGGAUAUACGGUGGUGGUUUCACUGGAGGCAGCAAUGCACUUGCCCUGUACAAUGGCAGUAAUUGGGUACGUGACCAAAACAACACCAUCAUUGUAGGUGUCAAUUACCGCAUCAACAUGUUUGGCUUCCCAACUGCAGGUUCAGGGGUCGAGCUACGCGAUGUCAAUCCUGGAUUGCAGGAUCAGCGACUUGCUGUGGAGUGGGUAUACAACAACAUUGCCAACUUUGGCGGUGACCCUGAAAAAAUUACCUUGUUUGGUCAGAGUGCUGGUGCAGCAUCUAUUGGCGCUUGGCCGUACGCCUACCAAUUCGACCCUAUUGCAAGAGGACUCAUUAUGCAAUCUGGCAGUGAAUUCCUGACGAGCAGUAUCUCCUCAACGAAUCCCACAACUGCCAAGGUUCUCUGGGAUACGAUUGCCAACCGCACUGGUUGUGCACCAAACGGCACGACCACGGCCAAUGUGCAGAGCCAAUUCAAAUGUUUGCAGCAAGUCAACUUUACAACCUUGUAUGCUGCUGUACGCAACUUUUCCGGUUCCAACAACUUUUUGCCUACACCCAAUGACUUUAAUGUCUUUAACCAAUCUCAGUACCUGGCCAAGGGCAACCGCGGCGAGUUUGCCCCUUUGCCAGUAUUGAUUGGUACCAACGAAAAUGAAGGAACGACGCUCGGUUCGUAUGGUGUGAGUUCUGAGGCACUUGUUACGCGUGUUGCAUUUACCUGUCCAGCAGGUGAAGUUGUAGGCGAUCGAUUCAACGUCACACCCAGUGUACCACUUUGGCAGUACCGCUACCAAGGUCAAUGGCCUAAUUUGAAUCCUCCUGGCUCACGACUUGGUUCAUUCCACUCAUCUGAAAUCAGCAUGGUAUUUGGCACGUAUAAUUUGAGCAGAGUGGCGAAUGCGACUCGCGAGCAAAUUGCCACGUCCAAGCUGAUGCAGGAUGCAUGGACGGUGUUUGCAGACAGUCCAUCAGACGGUCUCAAGCGCGCAUACAACUGGUCAACUGCAGACCCAGAGGGCAAUGAUUUGAUUGUCAUUGGUCAGCGUAACUUGUCAACAGUGCUCUUCAAUCGCACGGAUGCAUAUACGUUUGGUUGUGGUGGUGUGUAUGAGGAUUACUUUGAGACUGGACCGGAUAUGCCAAACAAUGCAAUCCCCGUCAAGCGCAACUUGCUCAGUGUAUUGAGCUUUUAA